UAAAGUUAUUGAAUAAUUGAUAAAUUAUUUUUUAUUCAACUGUUAAAUUUCAUUAUUCAAACUCCAGUAAUUAUAAACAGAUUUUUACUUAGUGUUCUAUUUUCUGGUUGGUUAAUAGUAUUUUAAAAGUUUUUGAAUUGAUUAUAGGUAUACUUCCCUAAGACACAUUUAUAAACUGUUUGUGUUCAAGAUUAGGAAUCUAAGUACUUAAACAUACACUAUUUGUAUUUGAUAAAAUAAGUUUUAAAAUGUCAAAACGAAAUAAGAUUUCAUAUAUUAAACCUCGAGAACCAUCAUUUAUAAAAAAAUUAAAAGAAGCAGCCAACUAUAAAGAAGGACCAACAGUUGAUACAAAAAAACUUGAACUUCCAACUCUUGAUGAUGACGAAUCAUAUGAUGAUGAUAAGCCUACUGUGGUUGUAUUAACUGAAGGUGAUUUAACUUCAGAAGAAGCAUCUAAAGAGGCAUUAGCCAAAGAACAAGAAGAAAAUAGUAAGCCAGCAGAUUUAUCUAAGCGGAUAAUCUUCAAGCGUCCAGCUAAAAGUACACCGCAAUCUGAAGAAAAACAUAGAGUUAAUAAAAAGAAAAAACGAACAGAAAAAUUAGUUUUAUCUUUUGAUGACGAAGAAGAAUAUUCUUAAACUUGGGUACUGCAAGAUUCAUUUUUUUUAUCAAGAUAUGGUUGUCUCAAUAGUUGACUGCAACAAUGUCUUUUCAAGCAAACACCUAUCUAUGUAUAUAAUAUAUAUAUUUUAAUAAAAUAUGUACUUAUAAUAGCAAUAUAUUUUUUUAACAAAUUAUGAUGACUCAUUUGAUUGCCAAAUAAAUUAAUUAUAUAAGCUUAUUAUCAGUAAAAUAUUUAAGAAUUAAGUUAUUUUAAGUUUAUUUAAAUUUUGUAAAUUAUUUCAAAAGAGUUUACUGACAAUGUUAUAAAAUCUAUUCUAAUUAUUUUAAUUAUCAAACAAUAAUAAACAAUAUUUCUUGAA